UUCGGUUUCGAUAUUGCAAGUAAAUAAAUAAAGAUGGGAAUUCCCUUUUCCAUUCACGUUCAUCAACAAAAAUUUAACGAUUGUAUAUUGAGUUACUUAAAGGUAUGGUUGAUUAGUUACUGUAAUUUAUUUUAACUACACUACAGUGUUUCGAUUAUUCUAGAUUUUUGAUCGUUAGUUAAAUUAGUUUUUUGAAAUUUAUUGUUCCAUCGUUAAUAUUACAAAGGUAUGGCUAAUUUCAACAGAAGAAAGAUUGAAACAUCUUUUGAAAAAUCAUCUGAAGAAUAUUUAAAUACAUUUAAAAAAUAUCCUGUUGGUUGUGAUGAAGAUAAGGAAAAAAUAUUUUGUUUUCCCUUCAUAUUAGAUAAAGAAACAAUAUUGUACAUUGAGAAUUAUGCUAAAAUAAUGUUCAUUAUCCGAGGUCCACCAAGCACUGGGAAAGCUUCAUUGAGUGAAAUGAUAACAGAAAGAUAUCCACAUGCUAUUUAUUGCUGUGCUGAUCGCUAUUUUACGAAUUCGUUUUCACGGUCGGAACGUACUCGAGAAAGUAUUAAGGAGUCGCAUGUAUAUUGUACCAAGAAAGCUGAAAAUGCUUGCAAAUCUAGCGCACAAACCAUAAUUGUGCAGAAUACUCAUAUGAGGAAGUGGGAAAUGCAACAGUAUCUAGAUUUCGCUGCCUUGUAUAACUACACUGUCAUAAUGGCUAUAACAUUAUACAGAUUUGACUGCACACCUAAGGCUCUUGCUGAAAAUAAUACCGAUGGUUUGGAUAUAAAGUAUUUUAUAAAUAGACUUAGACAAUGGGAAGAUGUUUUACCUUUGUUCACUGGUUGGUUUAUCUCGCCUGAUGACUCCUCACACAUUCUAAGUCACACUCUAAAAACCUUGGAAGCUUUACUGAAUGACGGAAAAUUUUGCAGAGUUUUCGAUGUCUAUGAUAUUGAUGGCAUUAAAGAUUACUUUAAACCGCGACAAGUAUUUUAUUGCCCUGCAGCUUUCUCAAAAAACCCAUAUUUUAUGAAAAAGUACUAUUUGUCGGAUCUGGUUCAAGCAUCUUAUGGAAAGUGUUUCCCUCUGUACAUCUAUGGAUAUAUGGUGACCACAAAUGGCAUUUUUGCCAUUGUGUAUUUCAGUACAAAUAUAACACAUCUGCUUCUAAAACCAAACUCUGGCGAAGAAGAUUCUCAAUCCAGCUUUGCAGAUAUGAUGAAUUCCCUCAAUAUCCAUCCCGAUCUUUCCGAAAAUUUUGCUUCUUUUCCCGAGAAAGUACCUGAAAAGACGACUGUUUGUUUUGAAGAUCAAGACAGCGCAAAAGAAUUGGAGUCUUCUAAGUGUUGCUUUAUAGAUUUGGCAAGAAAAGAGGCUUCAAAGUUUGAUAUUGAAACAGUUCAGCAAGAAUUUAACCAAUUAAUUAAUUUGAUAGUUGAUGCCAAUGGAAAUUUAAAUGCUGAUGAGUGCACUGAAAUUGGAAGUGGAAAUGACGAUAAAAUUUUUCGAUUGCCAAAUGAUAAAUGGUUUAUUAAACCAUCAAAAAUUAUGUGCUUGAAGAGCAUUUUUACAGGUUAUUAUGUUUAACUAUAUAUUUAUAUAUAUAAUACUUAAGAACUCUUAAUUUCUGCUUCAGUGUUAAAAGCUUUUGUUAUUACUUAAUUAUUUUCCUGGUGCUUUCAUACUUAUUGGUUUUUCAUUCCAAAAUUUUGGAUCGAAUAACAUUUUGAUUUAUUUUUUUAGUGCCAUUAUAUUUUCUAAAGUAUGAUAAAUUUUCUUUUAUAGUUUUAUGUAAUUACUAAGGUAGGAACCUUCUUGCUUGGUUCACCAAUCUAAACUAUUGUUUUGCAAUAAUUUUUUCCCUUGAUAAUAAACGUAUUUCCUUAUUAAAAUUAAAAAUUAUUUUAUUCACUUAAAUGCUCCGCUCUCCAACUUAAUGAUUUAUUCUCAUUCUUAAUUUUUUAGUGUCACUGUUUUUUUGUUUGUUUGAUUUUUUUUUCUAUUAUCCAAUUUUAUGGCUGUUUAUAUUAAAAUGAUAGCAACAGUUGUUACUGUAUCAUUUAAUUAUAAACAGCUUGUAUUACUACUGUGUGUAUUACUAUUUAUUACUUAUGACUUAUAAUACUUUUUAUACAAUGAUCAAUUUAUUACAUCCGACUCUUUUUUACUGUAUUGUACCCUGUUAUAUACUGCAUCCUGUAAUGUGAGUUGAUUUAUCAAUGUAUGCAUAAACUUUACCAAAUGUUAAUGUAUUUUUCAUUGAAUAUUUAGAUUAUAUUUCAUAUAACAUAUUCAUAAAGUAUCUAUUUUGUUGGAUUUUAAGAUUGUUAAUAAAAUUUGGACUGAACUGUU